AUGAGCAACUCUUCGAAUUUGAACGCCGCCAAGGUCACGAAUGUCCGGCCAAUGGCCAACGAGGACGCUAAGUGGCUUCAGCUCAGCAGGAUCGAUUAUCUGUCUCCUGAUGGCAAGGCUCGCCAGUGGGAGAUGGCUUCUCGCAGAACCCGCCCCAAGGGCACCUCUGUGGACGGUGUCGGUAUCAUUGCUAUCAUUGAGAAAGACUCAGGGCCCGAGGUCGUCUUGCAGAAGCAGUUCCGUCCGCCUGUCGAGGGCGUGUGCAUUGAGAUGCCUGCCGGACUGGUCGACCCUAACGAGUCUUUACAAGAAUGUGCUAUGAGAGAGCUUAAAGAGGAGACCGGUUAUGUUGGCAAGGUGCUGACUACUGGGCCGCUCGUUUUCAACGAUCCGGGCUUUUGCAACACCAACACAGUGAUUGUGACCGCGAGUAUCGACAUGGCAGACCCACGCAACCAGAAUCCGCAACCCGAGCUGGAGGAGAACGAGUUCAUCGAGAUCUUCACUCUUCCAUUGGCUACCUUUUACGAGAGUCUGGAGGAAUUGGGCAAGCAGGGGUACAAGCUCGAUGCUCGUCUACAGAACAUCGCAAUGGGACUGAAGCUUGCGAAACUAUACAUAGCCAACCACAAAGUGCCCUUGACCGAAAAGGGACACGAGCAGGCAGCCAUGGCGGGGAAACAACUGAAAGAGUUUCUGAACCCGGAUGACUCGAUAUGCUUCUACACCUCGCCAUACUUGCGAGCUCGUCAGACACUUGAGGAAAUUGUGGAGGCGAUUUCAGAUACAAAUAUUCCAUAUAAAACCUACGAGGAACCGAGGAUGCGGGAACAGGAUUUUGGCAAUUUCCAGGGUACCGGAGAGGAGAUGGAGCAGAUCUGGAUCGAAAGGGCUCAGUACGGACAUUUCUUUUACCGCAUACCGUACGGGGAGAGUGCGGCAGACGUCUACGACCGGUGUGCUUCUUUCAACGAGACGCUCUUUCGACAAUUCAGCAAAGAAAGUUUCCCUUCUGUGUUGGUCCUCGUGACCCAUGGGAUAUGGGCACGCGUCUUUCUGACGAAAUGGUUCAGAUGGAGCGUAGAGAAGUUCGAAGAUCUGCAAAACGUGCCCAACUGUCGCUGGAUAGUGAUGGAAAAAGAUCAGACCACGCAGCGUUACGUCCUCCGCACGCAUUUGAGUACAUGGUCAGAGCUUGAACAGACAAAAAGAGAGGAACAAGUCAAGAGAGAUGCCGGGAGAGAGUUUACGUUCAACAGCUCAGUGCCUCUCACGGACGACGAGGUAAGACAGGUGGCCGACGCGGAGGCGCGAGCGAAGAACGAGCAGGUGCAGAAAUCGCUGAAAAUGAAGGACUUGUUCGAUAAGUUGAAACGCGACUGUCAGGACGCGGACGACGACCACGAAGAUCAAAGCUGCAAGAAUAAAGUGUGA